GCCCGAUUUCAGAGCCAGGAGACGCCCGAUGCACGACCACCUAUCUGGGUACAGACACUUCCGUAAAGAUUCUACAAACAUGGAGGCAGCAGACAGGAGGAUUGUGCUUCUGGGUAAGACCGGAGCUGGCAAGAGCAGCCUGGCCAACACUAUACUUGAAGAUGGUAGUUUGUUUAAAGUCUGUCACUCCUCCACAUCUGGAACAGUGAUGUGUCAGUCUGAGAUCAAAACAGUGCAUGGAAGAAAUGUGCAGCUAAUCGAUACUCCUGGUCUUUUUGAUACCGAUUCAAAUGCCCCUGAUUUUACGAAGGAGAUCCUGAAUUGCAUGAUUGAGUGUGCAGAAGGAGUCCAAGCCUUUCUGCUGGUGCUCAAAGUGGAGAGGUUUACCAAACAUGAGCUGUCUGUGGCUGAAGUUAUCUGUAAACACUUCUCAGAAGAGGCUCUCAAAUACACCACACUGGUCUUUACUCAAGGUGAUCAGCUGAAAGAGGGGGUCACUAUAAAGGAAUGGGUCAAAGAUAAUGAAGCCCUGACCACCCUGAUUCAGAAAUGUGGAGGUCGCUGCCAUGUGUUUGAUAAUAAAUACUGGAACAACAGCAGUGAUCUAUACAGGAACAACCAGCACCAGGUCAAAGAGCUGCUCAAGACCAUCGACCAAAGUGUGCAGAAGAACAAAGGGAGAUGCUACACCAAUGCAAACCUUGAAAAAGUGAAUGAAAAAAUAAACGACCAAAUCAGGAUAAUCAAAGCAGCACCAGAGAAUGCCAAAUUGUCAGACGUGGAGGUCCGGAAGAAGGCUAAAGAGAACACAUUUGACUUUUUCUGGCCCAUCUUAUCAGGUCUAGGCACAGUGGUGCUUGGUGUCGCCGUUUUCAUUGGAAUGGUAGUUUUAAAAGCACACUACUCAAAUACUCGAAGAAUUGUCCUGAUUGGCAAAAGUGGCAGUGGAAAAAGCAGCCUGGCCAACACCAUUUUCGGAGCUCAAACUUUCGACGUGAACCACAGCAGUGACUCUAGAUCUAAAUUCUCCCAGGCCCAAACUAGAACUGUGAACGGACUGAAGUUGACAUUGAUUGACACCCCUGGUAUUUUCAACACCGACCGCUCCAGUGACGAAAUUCAGUGUGAGAUAUUUAGCUGUUUGAUCCAAUGCUCGCCCGGACCCCACGCCUUUAUUUUCGUACUUUUGGUGGAGAAGUUUACAGAGCAAGAACAAGCCAUCGUCGAUCAAAUUCAGACGCAUUUCGGUGAUGAGGUUUUCAAAUACACCACGGUAGUCUUCACUCACGGAGACCAGCUGCCCGAAACGAUGAAAAUUGGUGAGUUCGUGGCUCAGAGCAAAGGGCUGAGCGAAUUGGUCCGGAAAUGUGGUAAACGCUGCCAUGUGAUUGACAACAAGUACUGGAAAAACACCAAGCAAAAUGAAUAUCGAAGCAACACGUUUCAAAGGAGAGAGAUCCUCAGUUCAAUCGAUAUGACAUGUCAACAAAACAACAAUGGCUUCUUCAUUAAUUCGAAGUUACAGCAAGUGGAAGCCGAUAUUCGAAAAGAGCAAGAACGUAUUCGCAAGUUGAGAGGCAAUUCUGCGGAGGAGAGCAGAGAUGAAGCAAAGCAAAUAGUCCUUCAAAAAUUCAUACAAACACAGCAACGAACGCGCUAUCUGAAAUAUAUAUUUAAUUGGUGCUGGUUUUUCCGUUGUCUCGUAUAUUCUGAUGGCUCAAAUGGUAAGUUUUUUCAGAGGGGGUAAAGUGAUGUCAGGGUCAGGCCCAGGUGCAAAUGAGGUGCUGGUUCCUUCAGUGGUGGAGGUGGUACAGGAAGUAGUGACACCGAUAAAAACUACUUUAGAUUACAUCAUAGAAACCAUAGAAGCAGUGCUCAAAAGAAGCGUGUGGUCUAACUCCAACAAGACGCAGCCCAUGUAAGACAGACAAGAGUUAUCGUGAUCAAAAAUGCAACUUAAAAUUAUUUAAAGGACCCGUAUUUUUCUGUGUACUGAUAUAUGUUACCAAAAGCAUACCCAGAGUUGUAUUUUGUUUCAUUCACACAGGUUUAACACACAAACCCUGUAUAUUUAUGAUGUCAUGUGGUAAUAUAAUAAGAGCUCCACUGUGUUUUUAAACUCCAGACUCCUUUACUUGAAUCAUCUGGAUGAUUUCAGGCCUGGAAUUGCCAAUCUCUACUGAGCUAAAGGUAAAAGGAGCUAUUAACUUGAAAACUACCACUACAUGACAUCACAAGGUGGAACACAGCAUCUUGAGCUCUGGAGAUGUAGACAGACUAAAUAAUAAAGAGUUACUCAAACACAUGUGAAUGAAACAAAACACAACUCCAGGUAUGUUUUUGAGGAGGUAAAAGCAUUAUAAUAACAUGUCUUAAACAUCACAAGAGUCGAUCUGUAGCUCUUCAAACAAAAAAAAUAAAAAAAAAAAAAACAGCUAAUCUUGUAGUUUAGACCUCUACAAACGUGUUCUGCAAUGCACAAGAGUCGUCUCUGUUAAUUCACCAGUUCAUAUUUCAGUCUUAUGUCAUUGUUAUUGCUUCCAAAAAAAGUAUAUAAAUUACAAAUGGAAUCACAGUGUCAUUUUUAACAAACCGACUGAGGGGAUAAAACACCACAUUGUAAAGAGAUUCAUUAUGGUUUGUAAAAUUCAGUUUUAUUCUGUCUGUGUAAUUGAUAUGUCUCAGAUAAGUUGUCAAUGUGAUUAUUUGAUGUUCCAUUAAUCAUUUAAGGUUUUUCAGUAUGUUUUUUUUUUUUUUUUUUUUUUUUAACCUGAUCACAAAAAACAACAGUGAUUUUAUUUCCUCUGAAUAAAAUAAAUGAAUAAAUGACCAAAUAAAAGAACCAGUGAACUUUGCAUGUGUUCUAUGAUUAAUGUCUCACAAAAAACAUUGGUGAAAAUUAGCAUGGGGGAUCUGUCACCAUAGAGACUUAAUUGCUUUGCCUGUAAUGUUUCUUAGUGUGGCAUUAAACCUGUCUUGCAUUUAUUCAAAUUUAUGUUUUUUAUUGCAUGUGGUGCACCUAAGAAGCUUUAUUACUUGAUAUAGCCUUCAGUUUAAAGGUGUAAUGGGAAAAUACCACUAUUGCUACUACGUGCAGUUAUUCACAGUUUUCAUUGUGUGUUUUAAAUCCUGUUUUAAAGAGAGCUGCUCUCCUCAUAUUAGGGAGUAACUGUCCUUGCGUAUCCUUUGGGGCAUCAUAACCCAGCACAGAUGUUUCCUUUUCUUUUGGUAAUACUUGCUUAGAUACUCCUAUAUAUGUUUUGUGAGUCUGACGCUGGUUCAGACAGAGUUACAACCCUGCAUUGAACCGACUUGUCCUCUGCCUCUCUUUGCAAAGAUAUUAAAUAAACUUUUAUUUUUAUGCUUCAA